GCGUUGCCACAUUAAAUGGUUUCCUUAAAUUCUCUUUUGAUCAUCUGUUUUCUUUCAGAUCCUGUUGAUGCCAUCAGACUAAUUCCAGAUGUCAGAGAAUGGAGACUGGUUCGUGGCACCAAAAAAACAUUCCGAUGUGUAGCACUUGGCAACCCUGACCCCACAAUCAUAUGGGAGUUCUUCCCACAGGCAUCUCAAACUAGCAGGAUAUCUUGGGGUAGAACUAUCAAACUGGACCCUGACACAAGUGGAGUCUAUGUGUGUACUGCUAACAACACAGUUGGUGGAAUUUCCUAUAAAUUGACCAAGACUUUGACCGUUACUGUCUAUCCUGUUGAUGCCAUCAGACUAAUUCCAGAUGUCAGAGAAUGGAGACUGGUUCGUGGCACCAAAAAAACAUUUGACUGUGUAACACUUGGCAACCCUGAGCCCACAAUCAUGUGGGAGUUCUUCCCGCAGGCAUCUCAAACCAGCAAGAUAUCUUGGGGUAGAUCUAUUGAACUGGACCCUGACACAAGUGGAGUCUAUGUGUGUACGGCUAACAACACAGUUGGUGGAAUCUCCAAUAAGUUGACCAAGACUUUGACCGUUACUGUCUAUGAUCUCCGGACAAAGCCAAUGCCACCAACAAUGAUUGAAGAGCUUUCAACAUGCAAACCAAAUCCCAGAACCACAACAGAGAAAGCUGUUGCUUCUGCUGCUUCUGUUACAGAAACACUGAAUAUUAUGAUUACAAGUGUCAUCUCUACGUUGAUCAUCCUCAUUGUUGUGACUGUCUUUGCCAUCAUUCUGUACAAGUAUAGAGCUAGACCAGCAAAAAUUCAAAAACCUCGACGAGCUCCACAGAACAACCGGAGACAAGUGAAUAUGAUGAACGGAAAACUGGGCCAUGCCCAUUUGCAAGGGACCCCAAAGAAUAUUCAGAUGUAUAACAAUGCAUUUGACUGCUGAGGAGAAUGAAGAAGGCCUACCUUACAUGAAAUUUGCUUCAGAUGACAAUCACUGCAGUAGGAAACCACUGGUUCCCCUCCCACCACAAUUCUUACAGCUAGGACACAAUAUUACCAAGCGACUAGAGAGGAGAGCUAUCUCUCUUUCUCUAUGCCUCUCUCUCUCUCUCUUUCCCAUUAUUUCUCUCUAUCUAUCUGGCUAGCUAUAUGUGCAGGUGUCUAUCUGUGUAGGUAACUAAUUAGCUAACUCUCAUUGUUCUAUAAAGAUAAGCUGUCUCUUUUCAUGUCACACCCUGAUCUCUGUAAAAUAUUUCUCUCUUAACUGCUGCAUUCCACAUGUGGCUCCAUGUGUAUGUCCGUGUGGGUGUCUGUGUAUUUGUGAACAGAGUGCAUCAGUUUUUUGAGGUUGUUUCUAUGAAUUUAUAGAAAGACACAUAGUUCCUCAACAAAACGCCAUAUUUGAAAACCAAUUGGUACGAAUAAUCUUGAGAGUUGUUUAACCACACUUAUUUAAGGAAUCCACUUUAAUAUAGGGGGUCAAAAAUAUUGACAUGUCUCUAAUCAGAUGACCUUUAUCAAUUUUGGUCAUACUGCUGAGGAUGGCAGACUCAAAUUCGUAUGGUGUUAUGGGGAUGUUCAUUGAGCUCUCUCAUGAUUAUGUCCCAUGUGUAAUAAUCCCUUGAUAAUUGCCGAGGUAGAAGGUCAUGGGUCUAGGAGAAUAUGAUCAUGGUGAUUGUUAUGCAUCCACACUUGGGAUGUCCUAGCCUUAUGAACUGGAGCAGAGACAGUCUUCCAUUGCAUCUGUUGUCUAUCCAGGAGGACUCACAACUUUCUGCAACACUUCUGUGCAGACAGCAACAUUGACUUUUAAGCCCUGUGAAAAAAGUGAUGAGGCGUGACAUCUUUGUCAUUGCUGACACCUCCUAGAACCCUCACGCUCACUGGGAAUCUUUGUAUGCAUGACCAUUGGAACCUCGUCUGCUCUUCCCUCGGUUUAUCCUUGGACCUGAUUGAAAGUUUUUGUUCCUCAGAGGAAAACCAAAACUCUCCAGCCUCUUGGUGUUUCAUCUUCUUUAACAAUCACUCUGCACAGAUGGAAAAAUUCUCUCUUCUUACAUCUGACAUAAGCUGAGCACUCCACAUCACAUACGAGUUGUAACAGAUCCCCUCCUGCACAAAUCUUCCCAUGAUGCAUUCUGAAUACUUGAGGUCCUUUGCAAUGGCUCUGAAUGACUUUCCAAGCAUUUUAUCAAUUAUUCUUGGUUUUUUUGUACAAAGUUAUGUGUCCUGGUGGUAUUAGAACCCUGUGUAACAUGCUUUGUGUUUAGCUGCUGAUGUUGGAUCCCCAUCAACAGUUUUCAUUUCCUUUUGUACUUUGACAGCAGAGUGUCAGGUAACUGUCAGGAAGCAUGCUAUCUCUAUAUCUCUAUGCUGCACUUUUAAGGCUACAAUUACAGAUGAACCUUUUCCUUUUCUGAGUGAACCUGAUGUCUGACAUCCUUCGUCUGAAAAGUAAGGAAAAAAACAAGUUAGGAGAAACUUAGUAUUCUUGAAAGAGGAGUCUUCAACAAACUGAUGCACGCUGUGUGUAUGUAAGUAAGUACACACACACAAAAUCACAUAUAUGACACACAUAACAUCUCUACAUUGUUGAAAAUAAACUAAAUACAAGGUAAGAAAUUAGGGGAAGAACUUUGGUAGGUCUUCUUUUCACUAGAAUCUUCCUCUAGCUCUAAUGAUGUAUGAAAUCAAAUGUAUACCUUUUGAUCUGUAAGAAGAAUGGCUCAGGAAAUAACUGUUCUUUCAAUUGCUUGAUUAACCGAUGAAUUAAUAAACUCAUUAAGCAUUUUACUACUCAAAGUCAAUUGACUACACCAAGUGGCAUCCCAAUUACAGAAAUAUCAAGUUGCCUAGAAUAUUGUAUACACAGGCAUUGAUUGUCAGAAUUUCUUGUCUCUGCUUUGUUGUAAAUCAUGUUACAUAUAAAAAUAAAAACAGUUUUCAGGUCUAUUAAA